UAAGUCUCAGUUGAGAGGAAUCGUGUGGCAGCUAAGUUAAUCCAACAACGAGUCCAACAUGCCACGAUAUUUUCUGGUGUUUAUGCUGAUGGCUGUGCUGUUUGUUGCGGCUGUACAUUCGCACAAACACGACCCAAAACAUGGUCACAAACCAAAACAUGGCGACCACGGAUCGAAACAUGGCAGCCACGAAUCAAACAGUGAUAGCAGCAGCGAUUCAAGUAAUGAUAGCAGCAGCGAAUCAGGUAGUGAUAGCAGCGGAUCAGAUAGUGGUAGCCACGAAUCAGGUCACCAUCCAAAAGGUACCACUCAUCCAAGUGGUGUCACCCAUCCAAGAGGUCCCACCCAUCCAAGAGGUCCUACCCAUCCAAGAGGUCCUACCCAUCCAAGAGGUCCUACCCAUCCAGGAGGUCCCACCCAUCCAGGAGGUCCCACCCAUUCAGGAGGUCCCACCCCUCCAGGGGGUCCCACUCAUCCAGGAGGUCCCACUCAUCCAGGAGGUCCCACUCAUCCAGGAGGUCCCACUCAUCCAAGAGGUACCACUCAUCCAAGUAGUCCCACCCACCCAAGAGGUUCCACCCAUCCAAGAGGUCCCACUCAUCCAACAGAUACCACUCAUCCAAGAGGUCCCACCCAUCCAACAGGUACCACUCAUCCAAGAUGGACCACCCAUCCAAGUGGUCCUACCCAUCACCCCACCGAAUCAACCGGAAGCACCAAACCAGGUGACAACGGAUCAGGUGGACACUCUGAUAAAGAUUGCUUACCUAUACCAAUUGGCCGGCCAAUCAAUAUCCAAUUUUGAAUAUUUUAACGAAGUAACACCAUCGCAUCAAAUAGCACCACCGUACAUAGUAACACUACUGAACCACGUAACAGCACCUUGCUAAAUAGCAGCUCUGAUGCUAAGUAGCAGCUCUCAUUAACUCCACACAAGACUCGUCAUAGUCGAACACUGCAAAAAAUCAUUGCAAAACGAUUAUGCAAAACCCUGACGAAACCAGUUCGCCUGCAAGUCGUGCGCUCAAUAUUCUCUGCGAGUUGCAGACGCCUCGAACGUGUCCAAAAAACACAGCGUCACCCGGUGCGUGCUAUUUGCAAAAUGCGUUUAUCGUCGGUGUGAGGAAUAAAUGUACUGGCAAUGAAAAUACAAUUAUAAUCCGCAUAGUAA